AUGGAAAUACGAGGGCUGGGCGCAGAUGAUGUGCAAAAGGUGCAAGCACGUCUUUUGACGACUUCCUUCUGCGGCACUACGACCGCGGACCGUGCAAAAACAAGCUCGGUCACUCCUGCGCCUCCGUUCUGUGGCAUCGCACGCAAGUGGUCGGCAUCUUCGCCAGCUUCGGCAUCCUGCUUCUGGUCACUUCGCCGCUCCUGUUGUUAG